AUGUCCGAACAUCAGCAUCCUCAUCAUCCUCACAACAACAACCAUCAUUACGCUCCUUCCAUGGCCAGCACCGCGUACAGUGAUGACGACACGUCUGAUCAAUCCAGCGAAGUCCUGGCCGAAAUUCAAAAAUUAGAAUCCAUUUUGUUGGAACAACUCGACAAGGAAACCCAACGAUUUGGUUCCAGUUCUGCUUCUAGUACUAGCAGUAGUCUUGGCUUUGAAAAGCAUGGAAUGAUGGCUACUGGAGACGCUACAAGUAGUGUCGAUCUGGACGGAGCCAGUAGCAUUAAUUUCUCCCAAUAUUUGGAUGCUCAAGAACGUUUCGAACAAGAAACGAAUGCUAAUCAUGAUAGUAUUGAUGAUGAUGAUGAUGAUGAUGCUCAGAGCAGAAGCAGUGUUGGAGGACCUGCUCGCAGUACUGCCCAAAGCAGUGCCUAUUGGUCCCAAAUAAUGGAUGCUUCUACAUCGGAUAUAAUGGACAACCAAUCUUGUACCAGUCUCCGAAAGGAAUUGAGUCAAAUUGUCACACCCUAUGGCCACGUCUCACAACGAGUGCAGGCAUACGAACAAGAUACUUGGACGACUGAACCAACAGCAGUAGCGCUAGAAACAAACGCUGCUACGGAACAGGCGGCGGGUACCACCACUGGAAUGUAUCAAACGGGCGCAUUUGCAGGAACAGAUGGUAGCGUUGUAGGGACUAGCAGUGUGGCGGCUAAUAGUAUGGCAAGCAAUUAUGGAAUAGAAGAACUGACCCAAAGGACUGCCGCCUUGUCUUCUAGUUCUACUGAAGAUCAGCAAUCAGCAAUAGCAUCAGCAUCAGCAACAUUACAAACGCCAAAACAACAACAACAACAACAUCAUCGAGAACAACAAAACGAAGAACAAGAGCAAGCAGAACUAUUGUCGCAGACGCAAAAGAUCAAAUCAUUACUGCAAAAUUUGGAAAGUCAACUGACCCAAGUAUCAUCGGUUGCCAAGAUCAUGGGAAGCAGCAGCAGCAGCAGCAGUAGCAGCAGUAGCAACAGUAAGAGCGAGGGGCAGUCGGAAGCAGCAGCUCAAAUGACGACGACGAACACGACAACCAAUAAGAAUGUUACUGCAGUCGUCCCUGCUUUGGAGAUUCAAAAUUCCAUUCGAUCUCUUUCGUUUUUGGAAGACACCUUGCGCAAUAGUGUGUUUCGUCCAGGCGUUGGUGGUAGUAAUACCACUAUUGACGAAGACGAUGAAAAAUCCACUGCCACCUCAGCGUCGUCAGCAUCGGUGGUACAUUCUCGAAAUCGACUGAACAAGAUUCGACAAAAGUUAUGGGGUGGAGCUGCCAACUCACCAGCCGUCGUCAAACACAAUAACAGCAGCAAAAACAACUCCUCGAGGAGACAAGAAGGAGUGUCGGAUCAUUAUUUUGCUGGAAUCGAAGAAGGGUUUGACGAAAAUGACGAUGACGAUGUGGACAAUGCAUCCGUGGUGGGUCAAGUUUCGACGGAUAUUCUACAUUACCCUAAUACUUCAAAAACAGAGGAGACAACAACCUGCUUUCCGAAACCAAAAGAGGAACGCAACAUUCGACCCCGAGACGAUUACUUUUCGGCCGCCUACCAAAAUGCCUUUGCGUGUAGCUCGGCGUACCAACUGGACGUUCCAGAACCAGGGACCGCCACCAUAUCUUCUACGCCCAAUCAAGCCGGAGGCAAGAAUUAUUAUUAUUAUUAUCCACCACCCGAACAAGCCAGCCUUCCCAAUGUUGCUUGUUGUCAGAUUCCACCUGUGGAGCGAUUGAUGACGGUACUCAAACGAUUGGAAGUCAAAGUGGCAAAGUGCCAUGUCAAUCAUUUGCAACGAAAGCGGCAACAACAACGUCAACAACGUCAAGGAAGUAGUAGAUUUCCAGAUGGAGCCAUAUUGCAACAGUACGAACUGUCCAAUUUGGAUUUGAGUAAUCCAGCAAAAGCAGAACGGUAUCAUGAUUUGUAA